AAAAGUAGACGUCAACUCGAUUGAUUUUCUUCACGUUUGUUUGCGUUUUUCGCGACGGAAAUUCGUUUAAAACUCAUUAAAUUGCUACAAUUAUGAUCGAGUUAUAUAUUGAAAGCACCGGGUGAUAAACAGUCGCCAUGAACGUGUUGGAAAAAGCUGAAAAGGCUUUAGAAUUCCUUAAAGCUAACGAAAGUUCAGCGAAGAGUCAUGAGCUGCAGGCGGCGGCUGGUACGCUAGGGCGGUGCUUGGGAGCCCUAGGGAGCCGUUCAAACUGCGCUCGUCACUAUGCAAACCUACUUCAUUCUGCUGUUCCUACGCUCCUCUUGUUAGCUAGCAACGAUAGCGCUGAAGUUCGUCUCGUCGGUGAUGAAGCACUGAACCGUGCAGUGGUUGGAGGUUUUGCUUUCCAUUCACACAAAACUAACAUAAUACUGCAAAACCAAAUAGACCAUACAAAGAAUGCAAGAUGGAUCCGCGCCGCUCUUUCCCGCAUAUGCCUCGGAGAUUGCUGGCUCCGGCCCGGAGUCGGCAAGAUUCGGACGCAAGCGCAGACAUUAUUUCCGAAACUGAGCCAAAUAGUUCGACAGACGAAUGAGAUUCAACUGACUGUUGAAGCUUUAGAAAAUAAUCUGCCGAGGAUAUUGACGGCUUUGGCUGAAUAUACUACCGAUGAGGAGAUUUCUGAGUUAUCAAAAGCGCUGUUAUCGCACGUGGAGACAUCAGACCCGGCGGUCAGACGCGGCAUAGCGACAUGCGUGGCGCAUCUCUGUUCGCAUAGAGAACCGCUGUUAACCAAUAUAUUGGCGAAGGUUUUUGAAAAGCUAUGGCCUCUAUCACCCGACAGUACCGUAGUGAUGGGAUGGUUUUGCGUCAUAAAAGCCAUCUUUCAAAUCAACGAUAUCACCAAGUUUGCCGAAAACGAUUUAUUUGGUGUCCGAGAUUAUUUAGAGCUAUACUACCUCUGCAUACACUACAUAGAACAAACGAAAGAGCACAACGUACACAACGCGAUAAUGGAGUGUUUCACUGUGCUACUGUCCUUAGCGUCGGGACAGUACAAAACUGCGCUCUUGGAUAGACACCCGAGACCUGUGUCUUUGGAUAAUACGCACAGUGAGAAGGGACAUAGGAGGAAUAUUAGCACAUCAAGUAUAAUAUCAUCGAGGUACGCGCCAAGUCCUCAGUCAGAAUUACGCGAUCCCUUAGAACUGUCGUUCUCUGGAGCUCUGCAGUUGGGCAGCUUGUUACAAUUCAAUACUCCUAGUUUGAGCGUCGAAGAUUUAACUAUACAGACGCCAGAUUCUCCAGCUAGCGAUCCUGAAAUGGAGUUGCCGAACUCUGAACAACUGUCGAAAGAUCUUUCAGAGAAGUUACAGGAGAUUGAAGAAACUGAACCCAAAGAGAACGAUCAAGUUGAUUACGUGCAAACUGUUGUAGAUGGCGCUGUUAAGAUAAAUAUUGGAUCAGCAAAAGACGACGAUAUACCACUCAAAUAUUGUGCAAGAUUGUUAGUAUCGAAGUUUAUUUUAACUGGUAAUAAAGGAGGAGUAAUACCUGAUAGGCAGGUAAGAGUGUCAUUGAAAUCGUCAGCGUUGAACUGUCUAUCUGAAAUUCUACAACUGUAUCCCCAAGCGAUAACAUUGUAUCUAGAUAAGGAUGCUGAUGCGAAACACCAUAAUAUUUCGGGGUCAUCUGAAGGCACAGAUUCAAACCAAGAUCACAUAAACGACUUCAUUCUAGAACGAAACGUUUGUUAUCAAGAUUCUAUGACAGACUCCUUGAGCCAAGACCUUUUAAACAGGAGCAUAGACAGCCAACAGACCACACAGUCUCACCAAAUUUCGAAAAAAGACAGCAAGUCUGAGAGCACAGAACAAAAAAGUUCUAAAGAUGCUCCUAGUAAUAUUUUAGACAGCAAAAUAUUCCCGAAAAAUGAUUUGUUGGCCAGCGCAACUACUGAUAGUACAAACCCUAAUAUGACUAACAGUAAUUUUACCACUAACUCUAAUAUGACGGGUAGUAAUGACCCUUUAUCUACUGGGUAUCCUAUGUCGAGCAGUGGAGAUGUUUUAUCCUCAAGCAUAGAUUUGGACAUGAAAUUCGACCACUUUGGGGAGUCUACUACAAAUUUGGACCACUUAGAUGCUUUAAAAGAUUUUGAAAAGAAAGAGGAGAGAGUCAAAAGGCCUUUGAAGAGAACUAAUGAAAUUCAGUGCAAAGAAUCUGUUGAUGUUGUGGUGCCAAGUUUGGAAGACGACGUGAAAAUUGUCGAAGGGUGUGAAAAUUUCGAGUUUCAGCAUAUGAGUGACGUGAUCACGUUGUUGGAGGGUCAUAAUGACCCCCAAAUCCGGGGGCUAGUUAGGGUCUGUAUUGGCAGUUAUUUGGUAGCUGCGUUAGAUCUGUCACAUGGAUAUUAUCAUAGGUGGAGGAGUUAUAGUGCUUUGCCUAAAGAUGUGUCAGAGUAUAUUACGAUGGAUAAACUGAUUGGAAUUGUUUUGAAGGGCCUUUCAGACGACAUCCACUCAACGGUAAACCACACGCUCUCAGCAUUAACUACAUUAUCUACAGCCCUUUGCAAUAGUUCCCAUUGGGCACAGAUAAUAGACGUAUUGAAUGCGCUUGUUAACGUAGAGGCGAAUAACUACUGGUUGUGUAGGGUUAAUUUGUGUAAGCUGUAUGAGAAAUUGCCUUAUGAGAAGUUAUUCAUGUUAUACCCAAUGUAUUACGUGAGAAGUAAACUGAUUAUGGACACGCUAGUUAGAUUGCUAGGUGAUCAGGACCAAAAAGUGAGGAAUGCCGCCGCUCAAGCUAUUACCAACGUCAUACCAACGAUAAACCCCCCAAAACACGAUACCCCCACUUCAAUAAUCUCCCAGCUCGCCAAAGAACGUUCGAGACAGUUCACUUUCGACCACGACGGUUUAGCUCUGGACCUCGUCAGAGAUAUAUACUUCUAUAGCGAUUUACCCACGCAGUUGAAAGGUGGGGAAAUAUUGAAAGACAGUGCCAGUUUGAGGAUGGUUGUGGGUAAUUUAGUGGGGAAAUUGGUUGCUGCGAGGUGUAAAUAUUUUUCGCAAGGUCUUCUCGAAGCCCUACAAUCGAUCUGCAAGAGAUGGUCGCCAUGGAAACACAUGGAGGCCUACUCUGAACAAGGGCUGUUGAGCUACUGUCUCGAUAGCUUGGACUAUUGUAACGGGACUGUCAUGGCGAGGACUAUACUUAUGGAGUUGUGUUCUUUGUUGUAUCCAGUUGAAAUCCACAACAUAAUGCGCCACAAAACAACAAACCGGGACAUUUUCGAGCGAGACACACAGAAUACCAAAGAAAGAUGGCAACACCUAGACUCUGAAAGGGUUGCCAGCCUAGCAGAAAAAUUCUUACAAGUCACGCUGAAAAUGUUAAAUGUGUUGGUGCAUUUGAUAGAGGAAGUUAAUCCUAAUACGCAUUUGAAUAAAGGUGGUAUUGCUUUACCUGGGAGUCCGGUUAGGAGGAAAACUGUAGAUUCCAUGCCCCGCCGAGGCAGUAACCCUCCCGAAGUGGACGAAAAAGGUUCUUUACGCAAAAAGACUUUGCCGCCCGCUUCCAGUCUAAAAGCUAAUUUUGUCGGUCACUUCUUCAACGAACCCUUUUAUAUGAAGUUCUACGAGACAUUGAGAGCUACUUAUUCUAAUCAUAAGAUAAAUCUGGACCCAAAAAGCAGUAUAUUCCACACAUUCCUAUCAACAGUACUAAACUCCUUAGCCAUACAACUAGAACUGGCCACCGAAAAAGAAAUAGGCAACGUUACCGAAGAGGUUCUAUUCUACCUCAAAGUUAUCAUGCCUCUAUGUCCAGAUAUCACCGUUUACUGCAUCACACAAUUACUAAAAUGUCUUUUCGGCACAAAUAUGGUGAACCAAUACUCAGAUUUUAUGAGUAUUUUAGACAAAACUGAAGUUGAGAACAAACCAAGUUUCUACCAAGAUGUGAUGAUGGUGAAUGUUCUAAGUACAUUGAAAGAAGAAUCUAGAAGGAGUAGUGUAUGUUCUAAUGCUAGUCAGAAGUUGUCUUUAGAUAGUAAGAAUCCUAGGAUGGUGGCUGAAAGGCAGUUACUGAUGACGAUGGAAAAUUUUGCUAAGAAUAAGUCUGAUAGGAAAUGGAGUACAAAUAAAAAGGAAUUGGAGAGGUAUAUUCGGUUAUUUGAACCGGUUGUUAUACAGGCUUUGAAGAGUUACACAAUGCAAAACGACAUCCCCCUACAAUGCCAAGUGCUGAACCUGCUGAAUCAGUUGCUGACAUUACGCGUCAACUACUGCAUGCUGGACAGCGAUCAGAUCUUCAUAGGCUUCCUCAUGAAGCAGCUCGACUUGGUGGAACAGCAUGAGAUACCUGAUUGCUGUGACUUAGUAAAUAGUAUACUAAUGUUUUUGGUGCAAUUGUCUUCUUCGAAACAUCACACGAAACAAAUUAUAGAAAUACCAAAGCUUAUACAACUUUGUGACGGUUUGAUGGCCUCUGGUGCUCAUUUGGAAUGCAUAGCAGGAUUGGAACCAGUUGCUGUGAAAGUCUUUAGCAAUAUGGGAGGCACUAGUGUACUAGGGCGAGCUCAACAGCAAGAAGCUCAAGCAACAAGAGAGGUGCUAUUCUAUAUGUUGCAGAAAACUAUGCACCAACACAAGGUCUUAGAACUAGUAUCCUGCGUCCUAUCUCUCUCCCAAGAACACCCAGAGAGUUACUAUCGCUGGUCAGAGCUGGCCAGCGACACAUUACUCAAUCUCCUCACUCAGAGAUCUAUAGAGUUGGACUGUCAGAGAGCUAUUGGGUCUCUAGAGAGGCUCUUAGAUACGGUGUAUAAAGAUGUGCUGUUAGAACAAAGUCGAGUGGAGAUAUUGUUGAAGAUUCUGUUUAAGGCGCCUCCGGAUCAAGCAACAACACCCCUAAAACUAAAACUCCGCUACCUCUCAAUAAUAAUGGUGCUUCUAAGAAAAAUACUCGUCCUAAUACCAGAAAGCGAAAUUCUUCUUACAAUCAACUACUUAAAAUCAACGUGCAUAUCUCCACUGUCCAUCUUUUUCAACGUCAAAACUGACGUGGAUCCGUUAAACGUUCAAAAUGUGAACGAGAAUUGUGCGAAUUUGUCGCCCGACGUUAUUCUCGUCCGGUUUUUGUUUAAAACCUUGACGUAUGCGAUAAUGGAGAUGGAUAAUUGUUAUGAGUGUGUGGAGACGGAACAGAAUCAGCUGUUGUAUGCUGUUUGUGUUAAUAUUAUCGUGCAAGUGAAGCAUAUGCUGCAUUUGACGGACGGCUGCCUCUUCCCUCUAACAGCAAAAACGGCCCAAACUCUUCUUCACAACGAACAAAGCGGUCUAAACACCGGCCUCUACAGUCCCGAAGAGAACAUUCCACUAGAUGUGCUCAACGUGGUCUGCUUGAAGUCCGCGCACAGGAUACCGCUGCUUACUGUGCACUGGUCACAUUUGCUUAUCAGACUAAACUUCCUCUCCCACAAAUAUUGGCAGAAGCUAAUAGGAUUCGCUCGCAACCUCCCUCUGAGCGCUGACUGCGGUGACACUCAGUUGUUACGCGUCGACGUGCUUCAGAUAGCCUGCGUUAUGGCUUACUGCGAGUAUUUUGUAGAGAACGGUCUAACAGAUGCAGUGCACCUAACCUGGUUACUAGUUAACCGCGUACAUAUACUAGUCAGUCAGUACCGCGAGGAUAUUGUGCAGACUCUCAUAGCGAAGGUGCAACAAAUGCCGGGUGCAUCCGGGCUGUUGCUGCAAGCUAUUGCUGCUAGGUGCCAGGGGUGUUUGAAAGAUGAAUUUGCGCUGAAUACAUACAAGAUUCUGUCGCUAUGUCACGAGAGUCAAUCGGGACCGCUAGUCUUUCUUAUUUGUCGAAUCAUUGGUAAAUUGGAACCGGCUAUCGCAGCUAGAUUCGCCAAAUUAGCCAUAGAAAGAUGUAGGAUAGUGAAAGAGUUGCCAGUCGACAAGAUAAAUGUACAGCUAUCGAAGGAGGAUGUACAAGUUGCUCUGGAAUUAUUGCAGAGGGAUAAAGUCCAUACACGAUAUUCAGCAUUAGUAGUGGAAUUGAACACAUUAGCGUCUUCCGUGUUCGACUUAUCGCCGCUAGACUUGUCGCAAGACAGGGCUAUCAACCCGCAGUACAUUGUGACUACCAACAUCGAUUCAAAUUGGUUGCUCAACCAGGUUAAGAGCAGAUGCUGCCAAGCUGAUUGCUCAACACCAAAAGGGUUAAAACAAACAGAGUUAGCUUAUUUCCUUUCAAACUUACCCAAAGAAGAUCUAACUACUGUAAUGGCGUGUCCAGAAUUCGACAGAAAAAUACUAAACCCCGCCUUUAGGAUAGCAUGCGAUAACUACUUGAGAGAAUUCCUAAACAUCCUCUCUGUACACGAAACAAAAGAGUAUGAGAAAGAGAGUGCAAGAGAACAGAGAGAGAUGAAAAUGAGAGAGGAGAUGACGUCAUCUAUCGAUAGUAAUAAACUAAACGUUGUAAACACACUUCAUGUCUUCAAGAAAAGUGAUAAUAAGGAGUCCAAAUCACAAUUCUUUAUACCUAUCACAGAUAAUGAAAACUUAAAAGAAAACUUCGGUAACCUACAAAUAUCUGAAGAAGAUUUAGAAAUCGAUCCGCCAGAGUUGCCAGCUUUGUACACAGUUGGUAUUGCCACUUUAGAAAAAUCAUUAUCAGACAUUAUUAGACUAUUUCCAAAACAAAUUCGACCUUUGAGUCAGUCUGAAAAUUUCAGUUUAAACGUCGAACAAACUAUCGAUAGAUACACACGACGCUGUCACCAAGUGUUUCAAGAUAAAUUAUUUUACCAAGAAUUUUCCAUACUACAAACUAUGAUGACAGGAUUUUUAUCAGCACUAGACAGAAUAAUAUCAUUUAUCGAUGACGCCGACUGUGAUUUAAUCGAUAAAUGUAUCGAGAACAUAUUACCUGCAUCACUAGCUAAGAACAUGGCGAUAUUUUCCGUAAUAUCUUUGCAAUAUUUAUCAUUUUUGAUUAAAAAUAAGAAGAUAGUUGAAACUCCAGUGCAUGCUGACGUGUCAUUUAGAGUGACGGCGUCAGUACCUGAUAAUAUCGUAGUUGACAAUGUCAUAAGUGUGACGAUUGACAAUGUCGCGCAAGCGUUGAGUUUCAAAGAGAUUUGGAGCGAAUUGAAUACCGAUUCUAAUGUUAAUAGAACGCAGUCUGCUAUUAGUUGCUUGUAUGCGAUUGUCAAGUAUUUGGUUAAGGACACAAGACCACUAACACCAAAGAACUUUAUGCAACCUCAAGAUUCUGGUCCUAAACCCGACAUGAUCAUCACUGGUGAUAAACUGAUAACUCUGCUAGAGUAUUGGGAGAAUAACUUCUAUUCUAAGAGCUCUGGGGAGUUCUUAGAGAAGUGCUAUAGAGAACCCAUUGAGAGCUUGCUGGUUUCUCUGGCAAGACUAGACAUAGUAAGCAACAUAGCCCUAAUACCGCCGAUAGCAUGGUCUUCAGUGGACGUGGUAUCGAAGAAGGAUCAACUGCAGAAGAUAGAUCUGCCUCUACAAGCGUUGCAGGAUAUGGACGUUUUGGAGGCGUUUCUUUUCAGGGUAAACUUAAUAGGCUGGUCAUCAAAGAAACAGUUUGAGGAGAUGUGGGUCGGUCUACUCGGAGCUCUACAAGGGAACGGCACACACUGGGCGGUGCGCGGCAUCACGCAGCUGCUGCUGAGCGCCGCGCCUGCUGCGCUGAGGGGCGAAGCCCUGCGACACGUGCCCAGGCAUCGGAGGCUGUGUAGUGACGGCAUGCAACGGCUCCGAAACAUCCUCGUUGGCACUUCAGCGUACAGGAUAUUCGACAACGUCAACUUGGAACGUAUACCUCUCAUGAAUGAUGGCUUCGACGGGUAUCAUUACGCGCAGUUUAAUACGGAGUACUUGAAACUGGCUUCAGACAUAACAGAUGACGCUAGUUACAAGGUGAAGAGAGAAGUGAAACGAGUUCGGAGAAAUAAGGAAAUUGACAUCAAUAGCUGUCUACAAAUACUUAUGGAUGUCACCUCACAAAUGUUAGAGCCUAAGGCAGAAACAGGCCUCGCAGCUCGCGUAGCCCUGCUAUCCUGCAUGAGUCAAACCAGCGCAGUGUUCACUCAGCCCGCGCACUGGUGCUGGGCGGCGGGACAGCUCAUAGCGCUGACCAGUGCUGCGCACGCGACGUUGACGCAGUAUAGCGCAGCGGGGAGGGCGCUGUUGUUGGCGUUGUCUGAUUGUAUGUGUGUGUUGGAUGGGUUUGAGGGGUUGCAGGAACUAUCAACAGUUCACCAGAAACUCCUCAAAUCCCUCUCUUCAAGUUACGCCCCACUCCGUCAAGCAGCCUUACAGGGUUGUCUCCUACAACUGACGGGGAAAGCGCAGCAUUUAGUGAAUGCUCACGGACCGAACCCCUACCAUGAACUCGUGUCGCAGCUAAAUGUGGCUGUGAAGCAGUAUCUCGCUCCUAAUACCAAAAUAUCUCUCUAUGAACAGAGUUUAUACUGGACGGUGCUAUUCACACUAAUAGAGCUCGGACAUCCGGAGCUCAUCAACUUGGCCGUGGACUUUGUGUUGGCCAACCCAAGGCAUUACUGCACCGAUUUAGUUGUUAAGGGUAUCACAACGACGAUUCGCCAGCAAGUUCUACCAAAAGAUCUGAAGAAUGUAGUUAUUGAGAAGCUGUUGGAAAACAUGAAGAAUUAUUCCGAGCAUCACGCCAUAGAAAUAUUGAUGGUGCAUCUGUUCUCAGCGGACAACAAACUCUUAAGUCCAAAACUGACUUCAGACGUAUCAAACAUGGAUCCAGAUAUUCUCAUGAACUCUAUGGAAAGAAUCACUCUGCUCUACAAAGUUCUACGCCAAUGUAAAGAGAGAGAGAGUAAGAGAAUUCUGACGACUUCUCUCAAAUACUUCCUUAGAGAGACUCUACCACCGGCGGCAACUUUGAGUAGAAUUGUUAUAGAGUUUCUAGAAUGUUGUAAGGAGACAGAGAAGAUUGUGUUAGAGAUUGCUUCGGAUAAAGAUAAGUGGAUUGAUUGUGCUGUUAUGAACGCUGAGAUUGUAUUUGAGGUAUUCCAAACAUCGAUAACUCAAGACCAGCUCCCCGUUCUCUCCGGGUGGAUCUUCGAAGCCUUAUGCCAUCUCUUAAACGGCAAAGUUACCUCAAACCUACUACCCUACUGCUUACAAACAUUACUAGUUUCAGCCAGUUCAAACCAGUUCAUACGCCACAUAUCCCCACUCUGCUACCACAUCCUACGAAUUGGUUAUCUAAAAAGUGGUGAAAUUUCCGAAAAUUGGGGUAUUUUUAAGGAUUUUCUGUCAAAUAAUGUUGCAAUGACGUUUAAAGAUAGGAGACUGUUGUGUGUAGUAUCUUGUAAGUCUAAUUUCACGGGAUCUCAGAUAGAAAGAUUGAAAGAGCUUUGUAGUAAUAACGACUGUUUGUCUGAAGUCGCUUUGUGCUUGAAUUUGUAGGUUUAGGUAAAGUAAUGGUACCCUAAAUUUGAAAAGCGUUUUCCCGGUAGCCUGCUUUGCUUUUUCCUUACAAGGAAUUGUUAGUUGAAGAAAUCGUAUUUUUUUAAGAAACUCAUUUGUAGUAAAUAAAAUAUAAAAUAACUAUCGAUAUCGACUCUAAGAUGAUGAAUAAUGAGCUCUUAAUUUACCUUAAACUACUUUAUUUUCAUGCGUUCAUGAUAUAUUGGGGUACCAUUAAAUUUUAAAAAGAUCGAGUGUGUUAGAAAAUGUAGGCAAGUAUAGUAUUUCGUUAACUUAUUUCAAUGCAAAAUUUCAUUCCAAAUUAGUGGUUUUUAUUGAUUGAGAAUUUGAGAUUUUUAAAAGUUUAUCGUAUGUAAAAGUUUAUGAGGUAGCUGGCAAAGAAGAGGUAGAAAAACUCACUAAGUAAUCAAGCUAAUACAACUAUGAUCGGAAUCAAAGAGUAUCAAAAUUGGGUUAGCCGUUUUCAAGUUGUUUCGGUAAUUGAACAAUAUAGAAAGAUAAUUGCUUUGUGUAAAAAAAUAUGUUAUAUUUUUACAGUUCAGUAAAGCGCCCCUUCUAUUCUAAACCUAAUUGAGGUUUUUCCUAGAACACCAAACUUAGUGGCUUUAAUUAAAUAGAUGUAUAAUAAAAACAAUACAUCAACUAUACAUAUAUUUAUCGAUAGUAUUGUCAUUCUCUAUCGUAAGAAUAAAUAUUCAAGCUACGCGGUCUUCCUAUCGACAUAGUGAUGUUACUAUUCAUAAGAAAAAUAUCGAUAAAUUAGUCAACGUGGGCGGGGCGCUUAAAGACUUUAUUUUUAUAUACCAUCAAUAUUUUUUAGUACAUAGUACAAAUAAAAUGAACAAUGUCCUUUCAUUAUUCAUAAAAUAAAAGUCUACUUAAAAACAAUAAUGUAGAAAUAAUCGCGCUUAUAUUUUUCGAUGUAGAUUAAUUUAUUAAUUUCUAAUCUUAUGAACUUAUGCUUCAAUAAGAGAAAAUAUUUUGAAAAUAAUAUUUAAAUGACUAAUUAUUAUAUAGCAAUAAUCUUUAUGUUCUACGUACGAAAUUACAAAAAUACCUGAAACUUGAAAUAUGUACUUCAAAAUAUGUUCGAUUAAUCUUGCGUGCAUAUAGCCAAAUAAUAUGUCACAUAUAUUUUUUCCAUUGAUAAAGAGCACCUAUUCACUCUUUUAUAAACUUUGUAAUUAAUUCUAAAUAAUUAAAUUAAACUAUUUAUCUAUCCUUAGUUAAUACAUACUGAAAUUAUUUUAUAACCUCUAUGUUACUAAAGCUUAUUUUUAAGUGUAAUAUGUAAUACUCUUUCUUAUUGUAUGUAUUCCUAUCUUUCAUUCAAUUAUGAUCUUUAUUCUGUAUUGACAAAGUUCUAUUUACUUUGGAUGGCAAUCGCGAGGGAUGUCUAAUAGACGUCAUUGUUCUCUAGUGUCUUAUAAAUUAUUUCACGAAAAAUGUAUGAUAAUGUUGUACAAUAUGUAUAUUUUAUGAAAUUAUGUAAUUGAAUUUAAAUAGAAAUAUUUUUAACUCGAUGCUUCCGCAAGUUAAUAAAAUAGUUUGAAAUGUU